CCAAGAUGAAGCCCACCGCCACGGAGAUCCUGCUGCUUCUGCUGACUGCCUUCCCUCUCCUGGAGGCAAAUGAUCCUACAGAUAAAGACAGUCCUUUCUAUUACGACUAUCAGUCACUUCGUGUCGGCGGCAUGAUCUUUGCUGGUGUCCUCUGUUUUGUUGGACUUGCUAUCCUGAUCAGUGGAAAAUGCAAAUGCAAAAAGAAAACAAGUGUCCAGGCCAUGGUUCCCGUAAAGAGUAACCUUUCAAGUGGAAGUACCGAAUGCUGA